GAGCUAAACAAACACCUAUAAAGAGAAACGCUUGUGCGUCAUCUGUAGUAGCAAGUUUGUUUUUCUUUUAACGUUCCCCCCCCCCCUCCUUUUUCUUCAUCCCAUGUCCCCUGUUCACUCCGCGGUUACUCUCGGUGUGUCCACGCAGUCAACAAGCACUGCAGGAAGUAGUUGAUUACGCAAUGCGCGUGACACUGACUGAGUGACUCCGGGUAGCUUUUAAGUAACGAGCUAGCUUGCAACAGUGCGCAAGGUGAGAGACAGCUCGUGUGGUGUCGCGUCGAGCUGUUUAAGUACCUUCAAGUGUGUUCGUGGACAUAUUCCUCGUGUUCUAAAUGGCGUCACUGCUGACGGCGUUCGGAAGAAUAGCCCACGCUGGAGUACGUGAAUAUGCUCGGAGGACUGCAGCGAGUUGUCCGGCUUCGGGACUGAUUGGCAGGAGUUUUGUCACCCGCGCGCAGCCGCUGAGGUCAGACAAUCGGGUGACAGUCCACUUCAUCAACAGAGACGGCGAGAAGAUCACGGUCGAGGGCUCUCCUGGGGACUCGCUGCUCGACGUUGUCAUCAAUGAAGAUCUUGACUUUGAUGGCUUUGGAGCAUGCGAGGGGACGCUGGCGUGCUCCACCUGUCAUCUCAUCUUUGACGAGGACGUCUACAAAAAACUGGGCCCCGUCACAGAUGAGGAAAUGGACAUGUUGGACUUGGCGUACGGCCUGACUGACACAUCGCGCCUGGGUUGCCAGAUCUGUCUGAGCAGGUCUCUUGAGGGCAUGGUGGCCCGUGUUCCGGAGAGCGUAGCAGACAUCCGACAAAGCCAAGAUGGCUCCUCUCAGUGACUUUUUGUUGGUGACGAUCACUGUCGCCAGAUGGGCUGCCUAAACCACCAUUUCUAGUCUGCACUGGACUUAAAACGAACGUAACCGUGUGGCACAUCUAAGGACUGGUCAGAUGAAUCCGGCAAACAGAAUGUGACCGACAAAGCCCACACAGCAAGUAUAUUUUUAUUGUAAUUCUAUCGUGUGUCAUCAUCUUCACAGUUUGAUAUCUGAUAUGUAACCAUAGAAUUUUAUCAUGUGAUUGUACAUAGCUAGAAUGCAUCUGUGCAUAGAGAAAGCAGAUAAUAAUAAAGGUAACCUUUCUAAA